AUGAUCGCUUCAUUAAGUGCCGGCAUCUGCUACACGCCCGCGGGCUGCCCGUCUCCAGCUCUUCCCGACCUCUGGCUGCCCCCGCGUGCGCGCGACUCGGCGCGGCUGCCUCCCCUGCGGAGCGGCAAGGCUGCCAUUCCGCCGCUCCAGCGCUUCCAGCGACCGACGACUCCCGCCGCCGUCGCUGCUGUACGGGCGGCUAGACGAGCGGCGGGCUUGCAGAAGCUCUGGGCGCCGGUGCGCGCGCGGGCCACGUUCGCGGACGUGCAGCGGGCCCGCGACGCUGAAAAGCGUAAGAAGGACCUCGCGUUCCAACGGCGGCGGCGCCGGCGGAAGCCGCCCGCGCCGGCGACGCCGCCCCGCCCGGCGACGCCGCCGCCGCGCACACCUCCGGCCACGCCACCGCCCAAAAAGCCGCGCAAGGCGCUGCCUCCCCUGCCGCCUCCCAAACCCGCCGCCGUCGACGCAUCUCUCGGAACCUACGCCGUCGACGCGACGUUGGUGGAGGUGCCGCGCCGCGAUGUUACCAUAGACGGCGCCUCCCUGGAGUUCUGCGCGCGCGCGGGCGACGCCGACGCCGUCGCGGAAUUAGGAAGGGCCAUGGGUACCAGACUGUGGCCCGCAUCCAACGUCCUCGUGCAGUACCUCGAUUCUAUAAAUCUGGCGGGCGAGCGCGUCCUGGAGCUGGGCGCUGGCGCGGGCCUCUGCGGGCUCUACGCGCAGCGGGCCCGAAAAUGUGAGAGGAUAGUGCUGACGGACCACGACGUGACCACACUCAAACUAUUAAGGCACAACACCGCCCUCAACGCGUCGUGCGGCCACGUCCACGCGCUCGAUUGGCACUCGCUUGGUGAUGUGGAGGCGGUAUUGCGGCUGCACGGGACCUUCUCGACAAUUUUGGCGUCUGAUGUAUUAUUUCAAGCUCGAGAUCUGGGCGCGUUUUAUGCCUGCGCGGCGAAGCUCCUCGCGUCUCAUGGUAGAUUGAUCGUGGCCUACGAGGACCGCGUCGCCGGCCUCGAGGCCAAGGUCCUGGCCGAGGCGAAGCGGGCGGGCUUCGCGGCGCGGUCCGUGCCGCUCUCAUCCUUUUUUGAUGAAAACCGCGACGUCGUCGACGGCGGCCGCGACGAGGCGCGGCUUUUUGGGGAGGCCGUCCUCCCGGGCAACGGGUCCUGGGACUCGCUGCGGCUGUGGGAGAUGUCUUUGUUGCGGCGGCCCGGUCGACGGGGGAGUUAG